AUGGUUAAAAAGUGGGCCUGGGUUCAAGAGGGCAAGUGUCUGCUGCCUUACGGGCCGCAGAGGCAUCCUCUUGCGGCUCCUUUGGCGACGAUGUUCUUAGCUGAAGGUGCAAGAAGGAAACCUCAUUUGGGGGCUCUGAGGGCCACAAACGGUUCAGAUCUUCCGAGGAAGAACUGUCCCGCCUAUGCUCUGCCCUCAGUUUUUUCUCCUCUGUUACCAACAGAGGAGAUCCUGCAGGCUCAGGCACUGGGACACCAAGCAAUGACCUCAGCCAUGCCCUCUAGCCCAGGUCUGAAGGACGUGAGACCUAAGAAGGACAUCAGACCUCAUCCCAAAUCCUGUAUUUCCAGCACAAGAAGGAUAUUGAGUCACUAUGGUCCACUUCCCAAUAAACCCUCAGUUGAAUCAUACUGCUCCCUCUUUAGUGACUGUGUUCAUGUGGUUACAUCCAGGAUCUGCGAGUAUCUUCACUUUACUGGGAACUUCACAGACCCGGAUGUGAAGUUCCGGCCAAGUGGCACAGCCUUGCGUGAGAUCUUCCUAAUGUCUUACAUCCAGUGCAGCUUCCAGCUGAACCUUGCCAAUAUCUUCAGCUGCAUAGUGAGGACUCAAAGACAGAGGUUCCUUCUGGGGACUGACUGGGUCUGGGCUGUGCUGGAUCCACCCAGUAAAAACCCCAGAAUCCAGAUUGCUGUGCAGGUCCUGUAUCUUGCAGAGAACUCUCAGAAGAAUUUUGAAGAAUAUUCCAGCAUGGCGAUGGAGCCAUUUCAGGGAACUAGAGCUGAGAGACUGGUGGAGUUCUGUGCUGGAAGUGGGAGGAGCUGCUUUGUUUUGUUCCUCUUCCUUAGACAUUAGAAUGAUCCUGGGAACAUCUGCGGUCUGCUGAGGAACAACCUGUAACAGGCACUUGGGAAGUGCAUUAGAAUUGAUCGGGCAUUUAUGAGGGGUUUUGUUACUGCCACUGGGAUGCUGCAAGAGGUGAUUGGUAAGAAGGAUACUGACCCUCUCACCAUGCUUGUCAAGUUCAGGUAACAUUAUCAGAAUUAUGAUCACCAUCAUCAGCUGCUUUUGCUAAUUACACCUGGCAAAGUCGAUGGACAAUUGGAGCAAACAGCCUUGAUGUGGUGUGUUUUGU